AGCACUGUUACAUAUCUUCACAGACUCACAACCAGAUGUCGCUUCGGUUUGACAACUUAAAUGGAAAAGCAGGUCUGCCAACCUAACAAUAAUAAAAUUCUUUUUGUCAAAUUUGUGAAUUCUUCGCGCAGGGUGAAUUUUUUUCGCAGUCCAGCCUAAAAAUGCCAGAACUUACUGAAAUCAAGUCUGAUGCCCCCACUACCUCUACUGCUCCAGCUGCUGAAGCCAAACCCGUUCAGGAUGUCCGUGUAGAAGAUGAUGGCAGUGACAGCGACUCUGAGGACACCAUUCCCGAGUUGGAAGAUGCCGGUGCUGGAGCCACCCAAUUGGGCGGUGGUGCCACAGGCUUGCCCAUUGACUUGGUCUCCAAGGCCAAGCAAUCUCGUGGCGAAAAGAAGGCCCGCAAAAUCAUGUUGAAAUUGGGCUUGAAACAAAUCCAAGGUGUUAAUCGUGUCACCAUCCGCAAAUCCAAGAACAUCUUGUUCGUCAUCAACAACCCCGAUGUAUACAAGAACCCCCACAGUGAUACCUACAUUGUCUUCGGUGAAGCCAAGAUUGAAGAUUUGUCCCAACAAGCCCAAGUUGCUGCUGCCGAGAAAUUCAAGGCUCCCGAAGGGGCUAGCGCUGCUGAAACCAUUGCCACCUCCUCGGUUGCACCCAUUGCCGAAGAAGACGAAGAAGAAGUCGAUGAGACUGGCGUUGAUGAGAAGGAUAUUGAGUUGGUUAUCAAUCAAGCCAAUACUACCCGCGCCAAGGCUAUUAAGGCUCUCAAGAAUAAUAACAAUGAUAUAGUCAAUGCUAUUAUGGAGCUGACGAUGCUUUAAAUUGUGUCCACAUGAAUCGACUCGCCCCAUUUCCCAAUGGUAGAGAUUCAUGGCCUGCAUUUUAAGUUUCAUACCCGCCUCAGCAAAACAACUACAACAACAACCACAAGUUGAUCACAUUUAUUACUAUUAACUAUUGCAACAACAACAACAACAAAACAAGUAAAUUACAUUUACAAAAUAUUUUAUUCAGACUUCUUCGUUCGUUCGCGUUAAUUUAGCAUAUUCGUAUGAUAAACAACAACCACAAUUAUCGUUGAUUUGUUAAAUUAAAAAAAUAAAAGCAACCUUGAUUAAGGUUAAUUUUUUCCUUAUUAGAGUUGUGGUGUAGCAACCAACAUUGUGGGUUUGUUGACAUAUAGAAAGCCUCAAGAAGUAAACACCACACACACACACACCGACAACAAAACUUUUUUUGGUAUUUGGUUUUUGUAUUUGAAAUCUAGGAUUUUACAAAUUUGUGUAAAAUUUGAAAGAUAAGCUAAAAGAAAGGAAAUUUUAUGUUAUUUUUUAUUAAUAAUAAAAAAAUGAAAAAAUUCAAAACAAUACAAAAUACCAA